UUGCAGACUGUGUUUCUUGGUAUCUUGAUGAGGUCUAUAGGGAACAAAAAUACAGUUCUUCUUGGCCUUGGCUUUCAAAUCCUUCAGUUGGCUUGGUAUGGUUUUGGAUCUCAGUUUUGGAUGAUGUGGGUAGCAGGAGGUGUAGCAGCAAUGUCAAGCAUUACAUUCCCGGCAGUUGGUGCUCUUGUUUCACGAAAUGCAGAAUCAGACCAACAAGGUGUUGUCCAAGGGAUAAUAACUGGAGUAAGAGGUCUGUGCAAUGGCCUGGGACCAGCACUGUAUGGCUUUAUUUUCUUUCUUUUUCAUGUGGAGCUCAGUGAAUUGCCACCUGAUCAGAUUUCUGGAAAAGAAGCAAUGCAAGAUCCCAGUGAUGAGAGAGCAGUCAUUCCUGGUCCACCCUUCCUGGUUGGAGCAUGCAUUGUUCUUCUGGCUUUCCUAGUCGCCUUAUUUAUUCCUGAGCACAGCAAAAACAGCAGUACCAGAAAACACAGCAACAGCAGCAACAAUACUCUGGGUAACAACCUAACCCAAAGUAGUGAAGAGGACAUUGAACCAUUGCUGCAAGAUAGCAGUGUAUGA